GAGCUCGGCGUUUCUUCCCCUUCUGCCGCGGGGCCUCGGGCGCGCUUUUGGCGGGGGGGAGGAUUUCAGCCGCCGCCGAGGACUUGGAGAGGGCGCCUGGAUGAGAAAAAAAAAAAAGCCAACCCUCGGGAGACGUUCCGGGCGGGAAUUCCGCGCCGUUCCUCGCAGUGCCGGUGCGGUUCCGAGGCUCCCGUGCCAGCCCCAAAUCCUCUUGUUUCCCUUGUCCUGCGGCUCCAAGGGGUGGAGGAGAGACGCUCCCCACAGCCUGGCAACGGGGUGCGCGUGGUAACCGAGGCUGGAGCGUAACUAUGUUGGAGUAACUGGCGCAUUCCAGCGCCAGCUCCGCUUCCCGGCGCCGCGCAGGGAAUGGCUGGCGGGAGCAGCUGCGCAGGCUGAGUCAGUCCAUAAGGAUCUAAAUUUCAGCUUGCACAGCAAUGCUGCACUCUGCAGAGAGGAGAAGCUGUGUGCUGAUAACAAGGACGUGGUCAAAGUGCCACCCCUGCUCGGUGCAAGCCACAGAGGGAAUGUGUUUGCCUGUGCCAUGUGCAUUUCCAGCCAUAUAGAACAGAAGGUUCUGGUGAACGUGACACCCCAACACCUACAAUGUGAAAUCUGUGGAGAAUUCCUGUUAUUCUGUAGUAAAUAGCAAGAACCAAACAAUGGACACUCAGUUAUUUUCCCCCUUACUGGGAGCAGUUCCCGAUACCCCCCCACCCCUGGAAUCUUCCCGGCUGUGCAGCGACUGGUCGGGAUGUGGGGAGGAGAUUGGCUCAAAAACUGCUUUUCAGGACUGCACAAAGAAAAGGGCACCAAUAAAUCUUUCUUAUUCUGGCAAUGGCCCUGAUAUGUUUGGGCUGGUGUCAAGCAUUUUGGAGGAGCCAAACAAGCCUGAACCAGUUACAGAUUGGAAUUCUCUUUCAAGGUUGUUUCCCCCCAUGUGGACGCCUGACCUGGGAAGCAACGGGGGAUUCCCAGCCAAGCACCCUGUGGAAAGCAGGGAUUUCCCAAGCCUGGUGGGGAGGACACAGAGCUGCCACCAGGAGCAGCUGCAGAAGCCUCCUGAUGUGGAGAUGCUGCCCAGAGGUUUGGAAGAUCUCCAGCUCAUCGAGUCUUGGCUUUCCCCACCCGGCCCUCGCCCUCAGCCCGACGGCGCCCUGAGCAACAGCUACCCUGAAAAUUCCUCCUUGCAAAACAAUAAUAACAACAGGAUUCCCCAGGAAGGGUUUUCAUUUCACGGGGUGAACUUUAAUCAGCAUCUGUGCAGCUACGACCACGUGAGGCUCAAUGGGGACCACGAAAAAUUCGGCUCCAAUUUUGGCCCUUUUUCUUCUCAGGGCAGGCUGAAAGAAGGCACUAAUGCUCAGAAGGAGUACUGGAAAAGUGAAAGGGCAAGAGGAAAAGCCCUGAAAAAUUAUGCUCAAGAACAAACUAAGUGUUCCCCUGAUCUUUGCAAGCAGCCCUUUGAUAACUCUUGGGAUAAAGUAUCCCAGGACAACCACUGGCUUCCUAAAAGAUAUGAAAACGUUGGAUCUGCUCACAAACUGCAGUCAGCUCUCCAUCCAUCACUAUAUUUUUUCAACCAAGCCCCUAAUGAAGAUAAAUUCCCUGGAGAAACAGCCAGGAAACCCCAGGAAACCCACGUGCAAAACGGCCAUUGUGGCUUUCCUUUGGGGAGUGCUUUUAAUAAUAAUGAAUGUAAGAUUAAUGUUGGCCUGAAAGAAUUCUCUCCGAAAGUAGCUGAGUGUGAUUUAUCUGUGAAAAACGUUGUGCAGAACGGGAGCUAUUCAUCAUACCAUGGGUGUGCGUGGCUGGAUGGGAAAGGUCUGGCAGCUGGAUUGGAUAUUCCCUACGGAAAACAGGUCACAAGUCCACAGUCGUCUUCAGGGGUUUCAACCGUGUCUGGGGGUUCUCCCACCCAUCAGUCCUCUUACUACUCACAGCUCCUACCUGUCCUCCCUCCCAGGAAAGAUGGAAGGUUACAAAUAUCAAAUGGUUUUUCUGAUAACUUGGGGCUUUCUAAUUUCACCUCAGAAAACCAGAAGCAAGUGAAACCCGUCGGGCAAUCCCAGCAGGAUUCAUUGACUAAUAAGGAGGGGCCGUACCAUAAAUUCCCUGUUGAUUCCUCAUCUGACUGGGUGAUGCAGCAGAAGGCUGUAAGUGAAGACCCUGAGAAAUACCACAGGUUUCCAAAAAAGCAGAGCCAGGAAAACUGCAGUAAAGAUGACAGGAGAGGCAGAAGGAAUUGGAUUCCUCAUUUGGGAUGUACCGCCCCAAACCGCCCUCCCUUCAGUAUGUUCCCAAAAAAGCACGAACAGAACGGUGGCAGCCUGUCAGACUUCAUCAACCCUUCUUUUCUUCCUUCUUUCCCGUUAAUGUCUGAUUUUAAGCAGAACCCCAGCCUGCCUCUGUUUAAUCACCAUCUGCUUCCAUCUGCAAAUAAUUUGGGUUUUCUCCCGUCGCCGUUCCCCUUCUCGGAACUCGUUGACCUUUUUCACUGCGACGACUUGAACCCCCUGAGCCCCUUCCUCAACGACCUGUUCUGUGGGGAAGUGGCUGCCCCCUACGUGGCCUUCCCACCCCCGUUUAACAAGUACAGACCCCCAAGGAACCGCAGUGGACCUGCUAAUGAGCUUCACAUCCGACUGGAGGAGUGUUACGAGCAGUGGAGAGCUUUGGAGAAGGAGAGAAAGAAGACUGAAGCUGACCUUGCAAGACACUUCCCAGGGAAGUGCACAUCCAGCUCCAACAACGCCCCUGUGUCCCGACUCCCUGCCAACCCAUCCCGGGUGGAUCGUUUGAUCGUCGACCAGUCCCGGGAACAAGCCAGGGUGGUGGCAUUGAUAGGAACGAUGGAAAGGCUUCGUGGUGCCCCCGUGCACAGGAACAUAUCCACGGCCUUGGAACACCACAUGGAAGCCAUCCAUGGGACACGGGCCCGUCGGAAGGAUGAGAUUGUUAAUGCUGCUAAUCCCCAGAGACACGGAGUGCCACGGUCUAGCCACGAGAAAGAUGUCCUGGCUCUGGCAGCUGCCAUCAGGGCUCUGGCUGGUGCCACGCGCCGGGCUCGCACCGCGCUCUGGUGCGCGGCACAGAUGACUCUGCCGAAAAAAAACCCUCCGGCUGGGCCAGAGAAACAAGGAGCUGUUCAAAGGGCGUUGCAGGAGCUUUCUCCUCCAGGCACAAGCACACAAGAAAAAAGCAGCGUGGAGCAAGGAAAGCCCGAGGAACCCGCGAGGAUUGUGGAAUAACGGGGGAAUAAGAGCGGCGACAAAAGGGGGAGAGGCCGAGGAUGGGGAGGGAAGGACUCGGGGUCCUGCACAGCACCUUGGGAGGGGGGUUUUGAUGGGAUGUGAGAAAGCAAAAGGGUUAAUUCAUGUGCCUGGUCAGUGCUGCAGUUCUGUUACUGUGAUUCUGGUGUUGGGAGACACUUCUUGUUGCAGUGUUAAUGCGGUUUUAAUGUCGCUGGUAUUGCAGGAAGGAUUUCGAUGAUAAGAGGAACUAAACAGUAGCUGAGCAUUCCCUUGUGUGCUUUUCCAAAGCUCUGUGAGUCUCAGUCACCUGAGAAACCAGAGAGUGUGGUAGAACUUAAUUCUCCAUUUUUUUUUUGUUAAUGAGAUAAUUUAGCACAUUUAAAGGUACUUAAUAAUUAUUCAGGGCUCUUCGGGGGUUUUUUUGCACCAUAAUAUAGUUCUUUUAAGAGCCAAAGUGAUCACUGAGUAGUUUGCAUCCCAUCACUCUGCCAGGAGCAAUCCACACUCCUGUGUUUUCGGGAAUCAGGUCAUCCAGGUUAUCACCAAUUUUGAGGAGAGUAAUCAGUGUUUAGCGUUGGUUGUGUGAGAUGCUUCAGCAGCUGUGCUGCCAGUUCGGUUUCUGGCAAAACCAGUGUGAACUGAGCUUUCCCACAGCACAGUCCACUUCAAUAUUUCCAUUAAAAAGUGAUUUUGUAGCUUUGCAGCGUGUACUGCAUUGGAGUACACGUCAGCAGGUGAUAGAAAACUGUCACUCAGGAUUAGAAAUUAGAUUUAUUGGUUCCUCAGUGGGUUAAAAACCAGUAACUGUAUAACAUAGUAUGCACUUAUUUUAAUAACAAACAAUAAUUUUGUAAUUAAGUUCAUGGUACUAUAAUUUUUUUUUUCAGACACAUUCCGUAUUUAUUUUGAUGUGUUCAUUGAAUGUUUAUUUAAAAUUCUAUUUUAGUAAUAUAAAGUUUAAAUAUUUUGCCAAAUCUUCUGAAUAAUCAGAUCUAACGAUUUACUCAGGAACUCUGUAUAUUAUUAUAUAAAUAUACACAUGGUCUUUAGGGAUUUUUUUUUUUUUUUUUUGG